AGAUAAAGAGAUAAAAAACAAAACAAAGUUACCUGUUAAAUAUCGGCUCAGUCUCGUAGAGUAAAAGUAGGUGGACCUAUAGUGUCUGAAAACUACUCAGAGAAGUUCAGUUUCACUUCAAUGUCGACGUAACAGACGGUGUGACGGUGCGCACGAGCCUCAGUCCCGUCACGAGGACAACACACAACAACAUGCGCCCCCCGCUCCUCUGCCUCACUCUGCUCUGCUUUAUCACUCUACAGACCCUCUCCACGACCACCGCCAAUGACACACCGAUUAUAGGCAUCCUUUCCCAAGAGGUUAAUCCACGUCACAGAACGCCCAACUCUGUGAGCUACAUCGCUGCUUCAUAUGUCAAAUAUGUGGAGUCGGCCGGGGCAAGGGUCAUUCCUGUCAUGAUGAACCAAACCGAAGAGGAGUACAAAUCACUAUUCAACUCUAUUAAUGGGCUUCUUUUGCCCGGUGGAGGUGUUAGUAUCGUCUCCUCCAGUUAUGCCAGAGUUUCUAAGAUAUUUUACGACUUGGCUAUUGAGGCCUACAAAAAGGGAGACUACUUCCCGAUUUGGGGCACUUGUCUUGGCUUUGAGCAACUGUCCUAUCUGACUGCUCAUGAAGUUCUACUGGUGAAGACAAAUACGAGCCGCGUGUCCCUUCCACUAAACUUCACUAAUGAAGCCAACGGGAGCCGCAUGUUUAAGGAUUUCCCAGUUGACGUAAUGCAGGCACUGGCAAAAGAGAACCUGACAGAAAACUCACACCGGUGGAGUAUAUCAAUGGAGGCUUACAACACUAAUGAUAACCUGAAGAAGUUUUACAAAGUGCUCUCUACAAACACUGAUGGAAAAAUAGAGUUUAUUUCCACAUGGGAAGCAUACGAUUACCCGAUUUAUGGCGUUCAGUGGCAUCCAGAGAAGAACCCGUUUGAAUGGACCAGACCACAUUAUGCCCACUCCUCCAAUGCAGUCAAAGCAUCUUUUUACUUUGCUAACUUCUUUGUCAAUGAAGCCAGGAAAAACUUGCACUCAUUUGAAAGUGAAGAAGCAGCGAGAAAGUUACUAAUCUAUCAUCACUGUCCCACCUACACUGGGGACAAGAGAUCAUUUGAACAAAUAUACUUUUUCAAGGACGUCAACUUUUAUUAAAAAUGUAUCUUCAACUUGCUUAUGUUAAGGGACUAGUUGAUUUUUAGCUUGUUUUAUGACAAUAAAUUUUGUUUCUA